CUUACAAAAUCAGGUUAAAGGGCACGAAAAGAACUGGUGACAGAGCAGUGAUGACAUUUCACUCGCCGUCACUGACUCGAUUGCUCAUGAGAGUUGCUUCUCCCGUCCUCCCAAGCUUUGUGGGAGUAAACAUUUUAGCACGGUGACAUAAACAACACCAUAUUUAUCUCCUCUUACCUGCAGGAAGGCGGGUGGGCGGUUGGGCGUGCUGUCGGAGUGAUCACCAGUAAACCUGACCAGCCGCAGCACUUGACCACAGAGGAGACAUGUCACUGAGGGGAAGUGAUCAACAGGAAGCCAUCACCACAUUACACCUUUUACUAAGAACCGAGAAGCAGAGAAGAGAAAGAAGAAGAAUGGAUGAAAUCAAACGGAUUAAAAUAUCUUUACAUCUGCUACUGGUGCUGAUUCCGUUUACAGCGCUCGCUGAACAAUAUUCCACCAUCAUCAUCAGAGCUGGAGCUGAAGUCACUUUGCCUUGUCCCAAUGUGAGAGACGAUUAUGUGAACUGUGGAGCUACUGACUGGUUCUUCGUUGAUUCAGAGAGGACUAGAUCAGCACGCCUGUUUGUAAAAGGCCAGCUCAUUGCAUCUGUGAUUUCCAAAUCUAAAGCAGACCGACUACGUCUUGCUGCAAACUGUGCUCUGGUUAUUAGGGAGGUCAGAGCUGAAGAUGCUGGUGAUUACAUCUGUAGACAGUUUGACCAGACCAAUGAACAAUCUUGGUUUUUUUUCUCUGUUGUCAACGUGACUGAGCAGGAGAGAACUGAUGAGGUGAUGUUGACCUGCUCUGUGUCGACAUGUAGAGGCGGUCUCCUCACAGUGAAGUGGCUGUUUAUGAAUAUGGAUGUGGAUGAGAACAACAAAGAACUGAGGACAUCACAGUCUCGCCACUCGGCCACUGUGAGCUUCUCAAAAUCCCAUUCUGUUUACAAGAUUAAGAACUAUGGCUCAUUAACAUGUAAAGUGAAGGAUGGUUACACAGAGGAAACGUUUGCCUUCAUCCUUCCGUCAUCAGACUGGUGGUGGUACAUUUAUCUGGUUGUGGGUUGUGCUACACUCGUAACAUUGGUUGGGAUUCUCAUCAAAUGGAGAAGAAACAAGAUCCAGGCUCGUGAUGAUGCAGUGGCCUACAGCACUGGGGAAGGUCCCUCCUCUUCUACUGGACACUCAGCUGAUCCCAGCAACCUCAAUGCCAACGUCACCAUCAUACAAUAGAUGGGUUACUUUUGACAUCGAUAUAUUUAUAGGGGAGAGCGGGGUAGUGUGAGACAUUUUUUACAUUUGCUCCCCUCUAGGCGAGCUAAAAUGAUAUAUCAGUCAAAUGUACCCAUUUCCCAUUAAUUCAGGAUGUUUCCUAGCAAUGGAAAUGAUCAGAAUGUCUUCAGGACAAAGGGCAGUGAAAAUAUGAUUGUUUUUUUUUUAAAGUGGACUUGUGUCUCACUUUACCCCAGCUUCGGGGUAAAGUGAUCCACUUACUUUUUCCACUUUAAAACUACAAUAACAAAACAUGUUGUACUAGUUAAAAUCCUGAAAGGUAGAUUGACAACCACACAUUCCAAAACUAAUGUCGGACUAGUAACAGAAUCAUGGGGAUUGGUCAAUUAAGCAAAUUUAUGAUUAUUAAGAUUCAUGUGAUCUUUUGCACACCCUAGCUUACUUGCACAUUGUUUCUCUGUCCAAUUGGCAGGGACAGGGAUAUUGUUUUUCUCUGCGUAUUCAAAAGCCAUUUUGUACUUUUGUAAGUACUUCUAUCCCUUCCAGCUUUUUCUAAGGACUUCUUUCCUUGCAUGACCUCAGCGGCUGCACUCUCCAUCUCUGGGAGGGGUGUUUGGCCCCAGGUUGUCUUCCUGGUGUAUAGUUUCUUGGCAUGAUGGCUUUUCCACAAAAUUGAUGACAUUCAAAAUAAAACAUAUGUAAUGUAAUAUUACACUAAAAUAUUUUAUAUAAGACUAAACUUAACUUGUGCUUCAUGGAGACACUGUCUCACUUUACCCCACAGCAUUUGUCUCAUUUUACCCCACAGCCACCCUUUAAGAAAAAACAACAUCUCUUAGCAUUUCAGGCUAAUCUUCAGCUAGCAUCAAUCACAUGGUUUUAUAUGAAAUCAGAAAUCAGAAAUCAGAAAGUAUUUAUUGCCAAGUAGGUUUACACCUACAAUGAGUUUGCUCUGGUUAUUGGUGCAUACAAUGAACAUAGAAACAUAAAAACAUAAAAACAUAAAAA